AUGACUAGCUUUGCCAAGGCAUCGUUCGAUGUGGCCACCUAUCUUCACUGUCGCCCUUCCUAUCCUCAGAGGGUAUACUCCCUUAUCCUCGCAUACCACUCGGCCAUCCGCUCCUCUCCUCAGUGGGGUACCCUCCUCGACUUGGGAUGCGGCCCAGGCUUCGUGGCGUCCGAACUCGCCCCGCGCUUCGACCAGACGAUCGCCCUGGACCCUUCCGCAACGAUGGUGUCCAUAGGUCUCCAGCCUGUUGGCAACGAUAAAGAUGGCAGCAAACCAAUUCAGUACAAGGUGGGCAAGGGCGAGAACCUCGAAGCCGCUGGUAUACAGGAGAAUAGCGUGGAUCUUGUGGUCGCAGGUCAAGCAGCCCACUGGUUUGAUCAUACAAGGGUGUGGCCUCAAUUGACUAGGACCGUCAGGCCAGGCGGAAGUGUGGUGUACCUGGGCUACGCCGAGAUGCAAUUCCCAGGACACCCCAACGUCACUUCCAUCUUUUCCAACUUCUCCUCCAGCGUGAUUGGAAAGUAUUGGUCCCAGCCGGGCCGGUCCAUCGUUGAGAAUCUCCUUGAUGAUGUACCAUGGCCUACCACACCUACUCCUGUGUCCGCAAAUAUCCAGCAAACCAUCGCGAAAGAUGGUUUGGCAGCGUCUCAAGCAGACCAUGGUGGCUGGGAUAUAUCUACCGCCAUCCGGAUCCGCCACUCUCCAGAAUCCCCGUUUUUGAUGGAGCAAAGCUGGUCGUUGGCGCAGCUCGAAGGUUAUCUCCGCACGUUCUCGGCGGUGCACGAGUACUUUGCUGCCAAUCCCGAGGACAAAGCUAAGCGUAUUGGUAAGGGUCAAGAAGACGGGAAAGGUUCUCCGAGUGGGGAUGUUGUCGAGAGAGUUGUGUGGGAGCUGGGGCAAGAGCUGGAGAAAGCCGGGGUGCUGAAGAACGGGAAAGGCAAGAUUGAGGUGGUUUGGCCUUUGGUGCUGAUGAUGAUCAAAAAGGAGAGCGCUGUAUAA